AUGGAAAUUCAAUCAGGAAAUAGAGAGGAGGUGGCGAGUGUGACCUCGGGCUCCGUUUCUCAGAGUCCCUCUGGGCUACAGGUAGAAGCAUCAGAUGAUCCGGUGCUCAGAGAGGACCUACAGGCUGCUAAGAGGAUCGAGAGGUUUGACAUCCCGCUUGAUAGCCUGAAGAGGAUGUUUGAGAAGCCCGCUGUAGCAAACACAGAAGUCCCAGCCAUCCACACCUCCCCAGCCAAAAGAGUGAGUAGCAGCCUCUCUCAAACUGACCUGUCAACAGAUCAUGCCAUGGACUCACCCCAGGAUGCUAGUAUUACUGCUGGCAGCGCAGGUAGACAUCCCAAGGAGAGGGCCCCGAGUGCUGAGGACCAGGAGGCUGAGUCGGUGUCGGUGAAAGAGCGGCUGGCAAUGUAUCAGGCUGCCGUGUCCAAGAAAGAAAGCAGCAGCUCCUCCUCUGCAGUGAUGAUGCAUGAGUCAGAGGCUUGUUCGCUGCCUGGAGGGCUGGCCAGUGUGAAGAGACAGUUUGAGAACCAGGAGUUUGCCUCCUCCUCCUCUCAGUCUACCAUCACCCAGGUUCACUUCCAGCAGAGAUCUGUCCAGGAGAUGUCAAGCUCCUCCGAGGUGACAGCGAGAAGCAGUGCCAGAGAGCUCACCCCCACCACAGCCCUCUCUCGAGAAGAGGAGAGCCACAAUCAAAGAGUCCACCAGAACGACGCGGCUGCCAGUUACGGGAACCAUUACAAUGAAACAGUUAUGCUUGUCAGAGGAGAGGACCUACCAAAGGUUUCCACUCAGGCUUUGAAGCAGCAGUAUGAAAAAACGAUUGAGGAAGCUGCACCAGCCAAGGAAAUUAAGGUUGAUGUGGAUUUUGACAAGUUUCAGUGGGCACCAGUGAACCAGUCCUCUAAAAAAUCUGCUAUGACAAGAUAUGAAGCUUCUUCCACUGUAAAGACAGCUACUGCUUCAUCAGUAGCAUCUGCUUCAACAGUGGCUUCUGAGGUGACAGACCAUUUCCCUCCUCCACCCGCAAACCUGCUGCAGGUGUCACAAAAAGUCCCAGACCACAUUGUCUCUCCUCAGCCUCAGGAGUCGACAUCUCAACAUAAGUAUACUAUUAACAGGGAACAGUACUUAAAACACAAGAGCAUGGCUGAAAUAAAGCGCCUCUACAAACACAUACACCCAGAGGUGCGCAAAAACCUUGAAGCUGACAUUUUAAGUCAGCUCAGUGAAGCAGAAAUGACAGAGUUGGAGAGCAAGGAAGGGGUGGGUGACGUCCAGCAGGUGUGCUAUAUGUUUGAAAAUGAUGGCAACAGCUCCAGUAAGUGUUCGAGCCCUGACAGAGAAUACCUGGAGUGGGAUGAGAUCCUUAAAGGUGAAGUGCAGUCCAUGCGCUGGAUGUUUGAAAACAAGCCCUUAGAUACGAUUAAAGACGAUACCCCUGAUGAGAAUGAUGAGAAGACUAUUUCCCAGCAGGAAAUCAUUGCUGGCAAAGAUGUCAGAUACACAGCUUGGAUGUUCGAGACGCAGCCUAUAGACACUCUGGGCGCAGAAACAUCCGAUACAACUCAGCAAUCGCAAAAACAGACCGAUCUGGCAAGAGGAGAUGUCCGUACUGCGACGUGGCUCUUUGAAACGCAACCGCUUGAUUAUCUGAAUAAGAUCUACCAAGAAGAUGGACAGGAGACGGAUGCUUGUGUGACUAAAGACAUUACUGGUGGAGAUGUGAAAACCGCCAGGUAUCUGUUUGAGACCCAGCAUCUGGCUUGCUUGGGUAAAACAGAAACCAUCGAGGAGAGUCACUUCCUCAACAUGAAGUCUGAGCUGGAAGAAAUUAAGGGCAAUGUGAAGACAACGACCCGCAUGUUUGACACACUGCCCAUGUGUGUCAUCAGAGGCGAUUCAGGAGAGAUGCUGGAAAUCACCACCAUUCGCAGAGAGGAGAUAGAAAAAGGAGAUGUGAAGACAUCACGUUGGAUGUUUGAAACCCAGCCUCUGGAUAUGAUCAACAGAGACCCUGCCAAAGUAAAGCUGAUAUGUGGGAUUUCCAUGGAGGAUAACAUUCAAGGUGGUGUGAACAAAGGUAGAUGGCUUUUCGAGACAAAGACUCUCGACACGAUCAAGGAUGAAGAAUGGGAGAGCUCAAAGAAGGAAAAAGAUGAAAUAAUUGGAGCUGAUGUAAGGAAGCACUGUCUUGUUUUCGAGACUCAGCCUAUGGACACUCUGAAAGAUAAUGCCAAUGCUCGACCUUUACCCUCUGAGGAGAUUGUAGGAGGUGAUGUUCAAUCAGCCAAACAUCUGUUUGAAACAGUACCAAUGGAAAAUCUGAAAGAGCUGGUUGAAGUAGGAAAACUUCAGAAAACAAUGGCAACAGAAGAAGAAAAGGGUGAUGUGAGGCAUCAAAGGUGGGUGUUUGAAAGUCAGCCCUUGGAGAAUAUAAGGGAGGAGAAAAAGGAGAUUACAAGAACUGUGAAUAUUGAAGCGCUUGACAAAGGGGAUGUGACAAACUACAAAGAAAGGUUUGAAAGCAUGGAUUUAAGUAAAUGUGAGGGAAUGCAGAAAAUUCAGGUCGAAGGUGUCACAAGUGGCUAUGUCAAGUCCAACAGAGUUCUCUUUGAAUCGACCCCAUUGUAUGCUAUGCAAGACAGCUCUGGCCAUUACCAUGAGGUAAGGACUGUGAGGCGUGAGGAGAUUGUGAAAGGAGACGUUCGCAGUUGCAGAUGGAUGUUCGAGACGCGUCCUAUUGAUGAAUUUGAUGAAAGCAUUAGUAAGUUUCAGAUCAUAAAGGGCAUAUCUAAACAGGAAAUUGAGUCAGGGGAUGUCAAAACAGCCAAGUGGCUGUUUGAAACCCAACCACUUGACACCAUUCAAUUUUUCGGUAAUUUUGAGAAUGAAGAUAAUAAAACUAACAAAAGUAUUCAGAUUGAGAAAGGAGAUGUAAAGACUUGUAGGUGGCUAUUUGAAACUCAGCCAAUGGAUGUUUUGUAUGAAAAGGUGGAUAAGAGUGAGUCCGAUGUAGAAGAAGUGCAAAAAGGUGACGUGAAAACAUGUACUUGGCUCUUUGAGACACAGACACUAGACAACAUACGAGAUCAUUCAGAGUCAGAGACCAUCCUGAAGACCUGCACUGUAAAGCAGGAGGACGUUCAGGGAAAAGACGUGCGUCUGGCUCGCUUCCUCUUUGAAACAGAGAAUCUGGAAAACAUCACUGGGGAGGACAGCAGCUCUUUCAGGAGAGUCACAGAAAUCGACAUCCAGUCCGGUGAUGUUUCCAGGAUGAAGUACAUUUUUGAGAAUCGCUCCUCUGACAUUAUGAGCUCCACCUCUGAGGAGACAAUGCAGAAGCUGAAGGCGCAACAAGCUCAGGACCUCCAGAGGGGAAAUGUGGUCAACUGCACUUGGAAGUUCGAGAACCAGCCGAUUGAUGCGAUCCGUGAUGACAGCACUGAGGCAAGGGAAAUUCGCACGGUAACUGAUGUUCAGGGAGGUGAUGUUGAUAAAGGCCGCUUUAUUUUUGAGACAUUCUCUCUGGAUCAAAUUAAAGAGGAGUCCACCGAGACUGAUAUUUCAAAACUCUCCAGUAUCUUUAGAGAUGAAAUUGAGAAAGGGGAUGUGAAAAAUUACACCAUGAUGUUUGAAACCCAGCCUCUCUAUGCCAUCUGUGACAAAGAAGGCCACUAUCAUGAAGUAACUACAGUUACUAAAGAAGAAAUCAUGAGAGGAGAUGUGGUGGGGGCCCGAUGGCUGUUUGAGACAAAGCCUUUGGAUUCAAUUAGAGAUUCUGAGGAGGUGUAUGUUAUUAAAGCUGUGACUGAGGAAGGUAUCAGCAAAAAGGAUGUUAGCUCUGCCAGGUGGAGGUUUGAAACUCAACCUCUGGACAAAAUUACAGAGGAGAUAAAAGUGAGGUCAAAGACAGUUGAAGAUAUCCAAGGCGGCGAUGUGAAGAAAAAUAAGCAGCGUUUUGAGACUGAUGAGAUGUCUCAAAAGUACAUCAGAACUGUUAGCAUGAGUGAAAUCCAAAAAGGCGACGUUAGAGCUGCCACAUGGAUGUUUGAAACCCGCACGAUUGAUGAGAUACGCGGCGAUGGCGCAGAGUAUGAUGGCAUGGAAAGAGUGACAAAAGAGGAAGUAAUGAAAGGGGAUGUCAAGCAGUCUGUGUGGCUCUUUGAAAAGCAGCCGCUUGAUAGAAUCAAAGAGAGUGAUGGCACAGAUCUUGUUGUGAUAAAGGAGGAAAUCCCACAGGCUGAUGUGAAGACGACAACAUGGCUGUUUGAAAGCACUCCAUUUUAUGAAUUCAAUGAGAGCAAUGUGGAAAAGACAGAGAUAAUUGGUAAAAGUGUCAAAGAAACACUUGAGGAGCUUUAUUCCCAGAAAAUGGUGGACUCACAGGGUAUUCUUAUUGAAGCGGAUGAGAUUGGGGAUGUCCGCAUGGCAAAGUAUAAACUCAUGAACCAGGAGACUCCUCAAAUCCAAAAAGAAGAGAUUAUUAGAGGGGAUCUGAGCAACAUAAUGAUGAACCUCCUGAACCGCAGGGAGACCACUGAAAGGGUCAUAACUAUCGACCAGGAGGAGCGUGGGGACAUCAGCACCACUGUGAAGCAGCUAUUCAACCAGGAAAGGGGAAUCAAUGUUGAGAAAGAGGAAAUUAUCCAUGGUGACAUUCAAGAGGCCAUGAGCAAUCUCCUCAAGAGGGAAGGCUCCUCCAAGCGUGGCAUUCUGAUUCAAGAGGAUGAGAAAGGAGACGUUAGGAUGACUAUCUACUCUCUUUUAAAUAAGGAGGAGAGGGCUGGCAUGGAAAAAGAGGAUAUCAUUCAAGGAAAUGUCAGCAAAACUCUUUAUCGCCUUCUCUCCAACUCAGAUGGAGAAGACUCUAAAAAGAUAAAGGUUUUAGACACGGAGCGGGGUAAUGUCAGCUUUUACUCCACAUGCAUUGAGUCCGGAGCUUUGGAUUACCUGAAGCAGCUUCAGUGUGAAUCGGAUGAACUCCAAGAAAAAGUCCAAAAAGAGCGCAUCAUAGGCGGCGACAUCGAGGAGACCAAAAUAUUGCUGCGGAAGAAUCACCAAGAGAUUGGUCGCACAGUAACAGAGGAUGAUAUAGUUCCUGGUGAUGUGCACAGCAUUGUUAAGGUUUUUAUGACAGAGCCUACUGUCACAUACAGAAAUCUAGAGAAAAAGGAAAUUGUUAAAGGCAACCUCAGUGCAGCUUUGGAUUCAUUGACCCAAGCCAUCAAUCAGAAAGUGGUAAUAGAGAAAGAGGAGGUGGUAAAAGGAGACAUACCCACUACUUUGAAGUCUCUGGAGGAGGCCCAGAAUCAAGCCAAAGAAAUGGAAAAGCCUGAAAUCAUCAAGGGAGACAUCAGGAGUGCUCUCGAGUCACUGGAGAAAUCUGCAUCCAGCAAAACCGAAGCAGCUGUUGAAGAUUUAGUGCCAGGUGAUAUUAAGGGCACCUUGAAGUCCCUUGAGGAGGCAAAGCAAGCUGUGAAAGAGGUGGAAAAAGAGGAGAUUGUUAAAGGAAAUAUCCACACAGCCAUGCAAAGUUUACAUGAGGCAUCAAGCGAGAAAAAGGUUUAUCAGCACCAAGUGAGCGAGCAAGGUGAUGUUAAAGCCACCAUCCAGCUCUUGUUGCAGCCAACAACGUCCCCAAGAAUGCAACACAGAGGGAGCCAUGAAGGGGAUGUGAAAACAUCCAUUAAAUCGCUUUAUGAAGGACAGGAGAUGACACAGGUGGAAAAAGAAGAUGUUGUGAAAGGUGACGUUCAAGGGACAAUAAAGUGCCUAAUGCAAAAAAAGCAGUAUUCAAAAUCCAAACGCAUGUAUCCUGCCAAGAAGGCAAAAGCGCCCAUGCAAAACACAUUAACUGUAAAACAAGAGAAGCAUGAAUGCGCACAUGAAGUUAAGAGCGAGAGUGUUGCAGUCAGUCCAGCCCCCGCUGUGAAAAACCUCUCUCUGAGUGGUGAGUCACAGAAGCACACACAGAAGCAGCAUGAAAACAAAUCGUUGAAAACACAGGUAAUAACCCAAGAGGACCGCUCUGUUACUGUAGCCAAAACAGACAAUCCUGCAGGGGCCUCUCAACUGAAGAGCACGAAAGAACAGAAACAGAAAAUACAGGCACCCAAGCCUGUUAUGAUAAAGAAUAAACAAAUGAUUAAUAAAGAUCAAACAAAUGUGAGGGCUGCUGAUGUGUCAGUGGUGAAAGAGGAGCAAAGCACAUCACAGGCGAAUAUUUCAAACAGGCAAACGUGUGAGACAAAGACGAUCAAACGGGUGCACACUACGGUGACGGAGAAAACUGUUGUGCACAAGCAAAAUGUAACGGAGCAGGUGUCAAUGUCUCAAAAGCAAACAGAAAAUAAGGCUCUCGUACAAAAACAGAACGUAAAGAAUAUGAAGGUGGAUCACCAUAGCCUUGACAUGAGAGGGAAAGGUGCGAAUAAAAAGCCAGUGAAGCCAGAGAUUCACUUUCCCCCUCCUCCCUCCUCGCCGCCUCCCCCAUCAGAGUCUGAGCUCUCCCUCCCUCCACCGCCUUCACCGGUGACUGAGAGCCCAACACCCCCCAUGUACCGGCCUUCGAUGAUGAGGCAAGACAGCGACCUCCCUCCCCCACCUCCACCGCCUCCACUUCCUAUGGAAUGCAUAAAGUCUGAGCCCGAAUUUUUCCCUCUUCCUCCACCUCCUCCACCACCACCCUCUGCGAGCGCACAAGAUUUUCUCCCUCCACCUCCCUCACAGCAGGAGCUUAAUGCAAUGCCGCAGCCUUCCCCUGCAAGGCCAGGGAAACCCAUUAGCAGACCUUUAUUCAAAGUGCCCAAGCAACCAGAACCACAGCAGCCCAUACAAGUUAAGCCCAAAUGGCAGAAAAAACAACCCACUCCUCCGCUGCCUCCACCUCAGCUCCCUCCUGAGCAAGAAAAAGCUGUGUCAACAGUCAAGAAAGUAGAAGCUAAAGUUAAGGAGGAGAAACAGGAAAUAACCCAACAGGUUGAAAUCAGCAAUCAGACUGAGUCAACAGCAAUGUCCCAGACAAAAGUAUCAAGCAUUCCAGUUGCAAAAUCAGUCCAAAAGCAAAGCCCACAGCCACCUAAAAAAGUAUUUGUUCCUCCUAUUAAACUGCCUCCCACUCCAGACUCUGAUUCAGCGUCCAAAGCUAGACCUUAUGCUCGCAAAUUUAAAACCCCACUCAUGUUUGCAGAGGAAAGGUACCGCCAACAAAGACUGGAGAAGGAUGAAAUGGAGAGGAGUAAAGUGAAUACCCCCACUUCUCCCCCAAGUAAUAUUCAGUCAUUUGAUGCAAAUGCUCAGCAUCCUGCAGCAGAAAACACUGAGAAAAAAGUAGACAUAGCGACAAUGGAAAAGGCCGAAAAAGCUAAAACUGUUUCCAAAGAAGCAAUAGCGGUCCAGGACAUGCCUUCUAAGAAAGCCACUUCCCAGAUCCCUUUGAGCAAACCUUUGAUCUCAGUGGUAAAUAAGAAAGCAGCUGCUGGAUCUUCAAAUGUUUCCAGCCAGCAAUCCUUGGAAAAAAAUCUAGCCUUUGCCGAAGUUAAUAAAAAAGGACAAACUCCAUCCGCCAAUCAGACUGCUUCUGUUUCUCACGCUCACCAUGAGGUUUUACAAAAUGAAGUCCAGUUGUGCUCGAACUUGGCCACUUUUUCAGUCCAAGAGCAGCAGCAGAUUAUUAAGAAAUCUAGCACCAGGUCUGUUACUGCCACACAGGGAGCGGCCCAUGAAAAUUUAGAUCUUCAAGGCCAGGUCACAUUGAAAGCUGAAGAUGUAAGGAAUAUUAAUGUGCCUCUGACUCAGGUGGAGAAAAUUAGUCCCCCUCAACCCACUAAAAUUCCAAAGGUGACUCCAAGUUUCAAGGUAAAAACCUUUAAGAUGCCGGUGGAGAAGAAAGAAGAGAAAAGUGACAGUUUGGGACAAAAGGAGGCAAAGAAAAGUGAAAUGAAUUUACAGCAAGAGAAAAGUAAUGUGUCACAGAAAAGUGAAAACAAAGUGAGUUUGGAAGGCAACCAGCUAAUUUCCACGAGAACUGAGGUGAAAACAGAAGUGAAAGGAAAAGAGAAAAAAAGCCAGGUGACCCAACCUGUGACGGAAGUUGAAGUAGACAUUCACACAAGAAAGGGAAAGCAGGUGCAAAAACAUGAGACAGAAGUAAAACUGUCGCCAUCAGUUACUGUGUUAACACCCAAGGUGGCUAAGAUAACAUGUGAAGCAACCCAACAGGGACAAGGCCAUGUAGCUGUCUCCCACAGUCAGCAGAGCAUGAAGACAGAGGAGAUUCAAAGACAUGAGGAGGUGGUUGUGACUGAGAGUGUGGUACAGCAAAGGCUUCAGAGGCAAGAGGCUGUUCAGAUGCAAAAACAGCAAAUGAAGCUGCAAGCGGCGGAGAUAAAUAAAACUCAGAUCAAAGCAGGAAAGUCAAAAGGUGAGCCUAAGGAUGUGUCUGUGAAAGGGGCAGGCAAAAUUUCCCACAAAGACGAGGCUUACCAUGAAGAUAUCACCGAUUUAGAGAAAUGCACUGUAACUCAUAAGCUGCUCACUCAAAUGAAAGAGCUGGAGGGCGCGCCAAGCAAAAUAGACUCCAGCACUGUCAGGACGAUUUUAAGUGAAGUCCCUGACUGGAUAAUGGGCUCAGAUGAGAAGAAGAAUUUAAGUGAAAUUGCUAAGCAGCAAAGCAAGAAAAAGUUGAAAGAGAUGAUGGUUUAUGUCAAAAAUAUAAUUGAAGCAAAGCUCGCAUUUUUUGAGAAAAACCUGACAACAGUGGAAAAGGAGGAAAGAGAAGACAAAGAAAAACAGCCCAUGCCACCACCAGUGCCUCCAAGACCAGAGAAGAAAGUUUUCGGUGGGGUGACUGCAAAGAUAUCAAAGAUUAGCACUGGCUCCUCCAGUGCUGAAAAGAAAGUGGUGGAAGAGGAAAAGUCCCUUCAGGAGAACAGAGUGCAUAAGGAGCUGAGUGAAGGAGCCGAUCACAGGGUGUCCUCUCCAUUAGCAAGCAUCCGCACUCCAUCGCCUACUUUUAUUAGUAUUGAGUCCAGGAGAGUUGACUCGCCACUCAGCGUGACACCUUCUCCUCCACCCUACAAAUCAAUCGGAACCCCUCCGCCGCAUCAUGGCAAGUCACAUACGCCUACAUCUACCUUUAGCAGGGCCACACCUUCUCCCACACUGAGUCGCUCAGAGAAGCUGGUGAAACUGGGGGAUGCCACAUCAAAGCUUUCUCACGUUAUCACCCUUCCUCCUCUCGUGCCAGUUCCCGAAUGUUUUGCUGCUGAAAAAGAGCGGACAUCCCCAUUUAGCGACAGGGAGACCCUCAUUGAGAGAAACGAGCAAGGCUUGACGGAUGUCGCAGAAAUGGUGGAUUCCAUGAUGACAGUGAAGGAUAAAAAGUCUUUCUUUGAGGAGGCCCAGAGGGCGGAGGUUAACAAGAUGUACAUCCGCAAGGAUCCAAUAGAUAUCCCUGAGCGGUUGGGACCUGAUAGUGAGGAAGUCACUGAAACCGUUGCCAUAGAUAUUCUUAAAGAGGAUCUCCCUAGAGUUGACUUGUCAAAGCUCGUAAACAGAUUUGAAUCUCCGAAACCAAAAGUUUACACCAGAAAAGAUCCUAUUGUAAUAGCAGAGAGGCUGGGGAGUGACACAGAGGAAACAGAGACUGAACCACAUGCGCCAAGAACCGAAGACAUCCCCACACUCAAUGUCAAAGCAAUCAAGGAUGUGUUCGAGACUGGAGAGCAUAGUUCUCAAGCAGCCAGAGAGCUUAGAGAACAAAUAGAAAGAAGAGAACCUGAAGCAGCCUGCUCCGGGCAGGCGGGUCACUCUGAAGCGACAUCAGUCACUGAGCAAUUCUGCACCAUUGAUAACUUUGGAAAUAUGACAAGACAGAUGAGGAGCGAGGUGCAUUCUGGGAGUUCUCUGACCCGUGGUAACCCUCCGUCCUACGCAGACGUUGUGAGGGGAAGAGUUCCUACUGUUGCUGUGCCCCCUGAGGCCUCCUCUGAAGAACUGCUGAGAAACUUCCAGCAAUCAUGGGCUGAAAGCCAAGGAGUUUUCCAGAACCUGGGCUUCAGUGUCACGGAGCAGAGGACUUCGCAGAUUAUAACGCACCAGCAGCAGAGUGUCGUGACGGAAAAUUCGAAUUCCAGAGUCCGAACUGUGCAGGGCAUGUCGGAAGAGAGUGUACCCCAUGGAAUCUCUGAUUGCGGACAAACAAAACUUCCAUAA